AUGUCGCUCCUACUUACAGGUGUCGCCCAAGCAGCUAUUCCUAAUGCCAUACUUCACAGCAUACAUUCUCUCCCCAAGCUCUCAGUGCCUGAAUGUUACCGCACUUCAUUGAAUGGCACAGCGCUCCCACCCAUUACGACCGUCUAUCACUUUGGCCAGCUCAUAGACCACAAUGACACAGGGCUCAGAGCCUUCCAGCAGCGGUACUGCAUGAGCUGGGAGUUCUACGAGCCUUGUGUCCCCAUCAUAUCAGUGACACCUGGAGAAGGUAACACAGAUGGUAAUGACGAAGCUCACACUACUGAUGAAACCAUCAACGGUCUCAUUGCUCAGCAACAGAAUGGUGCAGCCAUCCUCAUCGAACACCAUUUCUUUGGCUAUUCCAAUCCAAAUGACAACCUCACGUCACAAUCCCUCGCACUCCUCACCAUCCAGCAGGCCAUUGAUGAUCUCGUGUAUUUUGCGACUACAGCUGACCUUCCCAUGCCUGGGGGUGAUGCUGUGAAACCGGAGAAACAAGAUUAA